UUUCGGACGUCAUAUUAAAGCGCACCGGGCGCCGAGACUUCUGGGAGAUGAAGUCCUUGCGAAGGCCCCGCAUUGAUUGGGAGCGCAGUCGCCAGGACCCUUUGCGCAGGCGCGUUGGUUUCCCGACCUGAAGAGGCGCCGUCUUCCCGGGUCCCGAGCACUCUGUGCCGGAGGACUCUGCCCUUGUCCACAAGGAGAGCACACAGGAGAGAAUGGCUGCUGUGUCUCCGACCACCAGAUGCCAGGAAUCAGUGACAUUCGAAGACGUUGCCGUGGUUUUCACAGAUGAAGAGUGGAGUCGUCUGGUCCCCAUACAGAGGGACCUCUACAAGGAGGUGAUGCUGGAGAACUAUAACAGCAUUGUGUCAUUGGGCCUUCCAGUUCCUCAACCUGAUGUGAUUUUCCAAUUGAAGAGAGGGGACAAGCCGUGGAUGGUAGAUCUUCAUGGGUCUGAGGAGAGAGAAUGGCCAGAGAGUGUCUCUCUAGACUGGGAAACUAAGCCUGAGAUUCACGAUGCUUCAGACAAAAAAUCAGAAGGAUCAUUGAGGGAAUGCCUUGGAAGGCAAAGUCCUCUGUGUCCUAAAUUUGAAGUUCAUACACCCAAUGGCAGGAUGGGAACAGAAAAGCAAAGCCCUUCAGGGGAGACUCGUAAGAAAUCCCUCUCCCGGGACAAAGGCUUGCGGCGAGGGUCAGCCCUGUCCAGGGAAAUUCUCACUAAAGAGAGACACCAGGAAUGCAGUGACUGUGGGAAGACCUUUUUUGACCACUCAUCCCUCACCCGCCAUCAGAGGACUCACACUGGGGAGAAGCCCUACGACUGCCGCGAGUGUGGGAAAGCCUUCAGCCACAGGAGCAGCCUCAGCAGACAUCUGAUGUCACACACUGGGGAGAGCCCCUACGAGUGCAGCGUGUGCGCAAAAGCCUUCUUUGACCGCUCGUCCCUAACUGUCCAUCAGCGAAUUCACACUGGAGAGAAACCCUUUCAGUGCAACGAGUGUGGAAAAGCCUUUUUUGACCGUUCAUCCCUUACUCGACACCAGAGAAUUCACACUGGAGAAAGUCCUUAUGAAUGUCAUCAGUGUGGGAAAGCCUUUAGCCAGAAAAGCAUUCUUACUCGCCAUCAGCUAAUCCACACUGGCAGGAAGCCUUAUGAGUGUAACGAGUGCGGGAAAGCUUUCUAUGGUGUCUCGUCUCUGAAUAGACAUCAGAAAGCUCAUGCUGGGGACCCUCGCUAUCAGUGUAACGAGUGUGGCAAAGCUUUCUUUGACCGCUCAUCCCUUACACAGCAUCAGAAGAUCCACACUGGAGACAAGCCAUAUGAAUGCAGCGAGUGUGGGAAAGCCUUUAGCCAGCGGUGCCGGCUCACGCGGCAUCAGCGUGUCCACACGGGAGAGAAGCCCUUUGAAUGCACUGUGUGUGGGAAAGUUUUCAGUUCAAAAUCUUCUGUUAUUCAACAUCAACGGCGUUACGCCAAACAGGGAAUAGACUGAGUUGGGCAAAAGCUUGGGUAGGACAAGAACUUCCAUACAAAUUUGAGAUAGAUCUCGCCUGUCUUAAAGCUGCCAUUUGCUCAUUCUACCCACUCUGGCUGCCGUUGUCCUGUCCUGCUUCUGCGCCAGAGUGUUUAAUAAGCACUCCCUUCCUGCUGUGUUAUAGAACUGUAGGGGAGGCCAUGGAAAUGACUCUAAAGAUACAAAAUUUUGAAGAGGUUUGUCAGACAAUAGGAUAGAUGUUAGGAGGAGACACACCUCUUGUCUGAGAACCUAGGCCCCAGGUAUCACUGCACUUUAAGAAACUGGAGGCUGCAACAGGAGGGAAAGGCAGAAUGAUAUCAGAGCAGUACUAUUUUCUUUUUUCGGAACAGUUGUUUUGAUGGCUGUUAGUCCCCCUCUCUUGGAGCAUUUUAUUGUUCUCUUGUGUCCCAGCUUUUAGACCUCUUACUUCUACUGCUAGUAGCUAGCACUUACUGAGCACCUGCGAUGAGGUAAAGACUCAGCUAAGGGUUUUACAGGAAGUAGAUUAAUUGAUCAUGUCACCAACCAUAUGAAGUAGGCACUGUUACCAUCUGCAUCUCCAGAUGAGCACCCUGAGGUUUAGAGAGAUUAAAUCACUUGCCCAAGGUGAACCAGCUGGUAAAAGGUGAUGCCAGGUCUUGAAGACAGGUCCACCUUCAAAAUCUAUUCUCUUUACCAUUAUGCUCGAUGGUUUGUUUGUUUUAUAAUUUAUGUAUAUGUAUUAUCCUCUCAACUAGAUUGUAAGCACUUGGAGGUGUGACUUACAGGUCUUUGUAUCUCACACAGUGCCUUGCUAAUAGGUGCUCAAUAAAUAUUUAUAUGAGUGAAUGACUUUUCUACUUACCAAAUUCUCUCCAUUCAGAACACCUCUUGGAUUUGCAUACUUUCUCUGAAUUCACAGCCCAGCCUAUACUUUUAUCAUCCCCAGCUCCCACUCCUGGCAGCAGUAGCUUUCUAAUUCCAGUUCUUCCUGCUUUAUUGAAGAGGGAUGUGCUAAGCUGUGGUACAGUAACAAGCCCACAGAGAGCUAUGUCUCCCUUAAAACCUGACGGGAACCACUCUGUCUUAUUCUAGCCUCAUUAUUUGGAACAUCUGGCUUCCAAAGUCACCACAAGGGCGGAAGAGAAAGCUAGAGGAAUUUGUAGGAUAUUUUCUUAGACCCAGGCUUACAUCACUUCUGUCCACAUCUAAUAAGCCAGAACCCAGCACCUAGAAGCUAGGAAAGUAAACAAGCACCUCGAAAGUUGGUUAAUACCAAGAACCUCUCUCACAGUUAUAUUUUGCUACUACUGUUAAGCCAGUCUUGGCAAAUGACCCCUUCCUGCCCAUCACUGCCUUCCUCAAGACCUAAAAUAGCUCCCUAUUUAGUGAAAAAUUAUCUGAAUAUUUAAGGUCUGCCUUAACGUGAUCCCCAUUGCUGAACUUUACCUCCUGACUCCAAAAACUCUUCUCUUCCCUGGGCCCAGUCCCUUUUUUUUUUUUUUUUUUUUUUUUUUUUGAGACAGAGUCUCACUCUGUCACCCAGGUUGGAGUGCAGUGGCACAAUCUCCGCUCACUGCAAGCUCCGCCUCCCGGGUUCACACCAUUCUCCUGCUUCAGCCUCCCGAAUAGCUGGGACUACAGGUGCCCGCCAACACGCCCGGCUAAUUUUUUGUAUUUUUAGUAGAGACGGGGUUUCACCGUGUUAGCCAGGAUGGUCUCAAUCUCCUGACCUCGUGAUCCGCCCGCCUUGGCCUCCCAAAGUGCUGGGAUUACAGACGUAAGCCACCGUGCCCGGCCGAUAUUUUUAUUUUAUUAAAGGUUAGGCACUAGAUGACCUUGACUCUAGGCAUCUGCAUUCUCUUGAUCUUUGCUUAGGGUGAAGCUCAGAAAAGGACUUGGUUCUGAAAGGCUGUCUGGAAUUAGAUUGUCCUCCGUGAUUCCCAGUGAAUUGAGAUGAAUUUCCUCUGGAAGUUCAAGUCAGAUUCGAGAAGCUGAAUUACCAAACAGACCCUCCCCAACCUACUAACAACCCUAUUACUCUGUUCACCCUAGAGCAGACAAACGGCAGGGAAGACUUGAUCUGUGGACUUUUGAAAGCAACUGGAGGAAAAACACGUAACAGAAUCUAUAGGUGUGGACAAUAUGUGAUAUUGCUAAAUAAUGUCAAGUAGGAAAUAAAGGAGACUAUUGACAAA